CCAGAUUCAUAAUAUAUAUAAUUGUAAGUAAAAUGGAUUCAAACAAUGAAAGUGAAGAAAAAACAAAAAAUUUUCAUGAAUUGGAGCUAGAUGACAGAAUACUAAAGGCUAUAGCGAAACUAGGCUGGCCAGAACCUACAUUAAUACAGGAGAAAGCAAUACCAUUGUUGCUGGAAGGAAAAGAUGUCUUAAUCAGAGCUCGUACAGGAUCCGGAAAGACAGGUGCAUUUGCUGUGCCACUUAUUCAGAAAAUAUUGGUGAACAAAUGUACUCAAGAGAAACAGGAGAUUAAGAGUGUAAUUGUCACACCCAGCAAAGAGCUGUGCAAGCAAAUUCAAGAAGUAAUCGUAAACUUAACUGUAAAGUGCAGCAGAGAAGUCAGGGUAGUUGAUAUCAGCCCUCAGACAGAUUUGAAUGCACAAAAGCCAUUACUAGUUGAAAUGCCAGAUAUUGUUGUGGCUACGCCAGGUCGUUUGCUGCAACAUUUGAAAGCAAAAAAUUUAGUUUUAAAACGCAGCCUGGAAACAUUAAUUAUUGAUGAAGCUGAUCUAAUAUUUUCAUUUGGUUAUGAGGAUGACAUGAAGGCAGUCUUAGCUUACUUACCAACAGUUUAUCAGGCAGUUUUAGCAUCAGCCACAUUGUCUGAGGAUGUUCAAACUCUAAAAAAAUUAGUUCUGCAUAACCCUGCAAUUCUAAAGCUGGAAGAACCACCUUUAGCCCCGCCUACUCAAUUGGCACAUUACACUUUGGCUGCUGAGGAAAAUGACAAAGCAGCUAUUUUGUAUGCUCUGUUGAAAUUACACUUGAUCAGGGGAAAAUCCAUAAUAUUUGUAAAUACGGUAGAUAGAUGCUACAAGUUGAAGCUGUUCCUGGAGCAGUUUGGUAUUCCCACUUGUGUCUUAAAUUCUGAGUUACCAGCUACUUCGAGAUGUAGGGCUGUGACACAGUUCAACAGUGGCACUUACGAUGUAAUAAUAGCGUCGGACGAAAAGGCAUUAGAAGAGCCACAUGUAGUAAACAAGAAGAAAGGCAAACGAAAAAAGGACAAGGAAUCGGGCGUAGCGCGCGGCAUUGACUUCCAAUUCGUGUCUAACAUUAUCAACUUCGACUUCCCGUUAGAUGUAGACUCUUACAUACACAGAGCAGGACGCACCGCCCGUGGGAAGAAUCAAGGAACCGCCCUCAGCUUCGUGGCGAUCAGGGAAAGGCCUCUGAUGGAGAACGUGGAAGAACAACUGAAGCACACUUACAAUCGCAACAGUCUAUUCAAAACUUAUCAAUUCAAGCUGGAAGAAGUGGAAGGCUUUCGAUAUCGCGCGAAGGAUGCUUGGAAGGCAGUCACAAGGAUCGCUGUUCGGGAAGCACGAUUGAAGGAGAUCAAGCAGGAGGUCAUGAAUUGUCAGAAGUUGAAAAGUUACUUCGAGGAUAACCCGCGCGAUUUGCAGUCGUUGCGCCAAGACAAAGCGUUGCAUACCGUCAAACUGCAACCACAUUUGAAGGACGUACCUGAAUAUAUAGUGCCGCCUACCUUGAAGGCGCUCAUGGGAAUCGGCAGGAGAAAAAGAAAAUUCGACAGGGAUGCAGCGGCGUCAGGAGCUACAGCUGCUAAAUCGAGAUAUCGAGCUCGUGCUUCAAAUCCACUGAUCAGCUUACAGAUACCAGAACAGAGCAAGUGAUUCUCUUUAUAUAUUGAUUCGAGAGGCACAUUGAAUUUGAUUCGACUGUUGAAAGAGGAUUUUUAAAAGGUCAUUCAUUUCAGCUUGUUCUGUUCUUUAUUAUUAAUAAAAUUAAUUGAAUAACAAUAUUGCUGUAUGUCAUAUUCGUUUACCAAGAGUCUAUUACCUGUCUAACAAUUUAUUACCUACAAUAUCUGUAUAUA